AUGCACUUGCGUGCUCAUCACUUCUGCGCUCGCCGUUUGGCGACAUUGCCACACGACAACUCGAAACCAAGUGAAGCCUGUAGCUGCACAAACGAGACUCAACACGUGAUGGAAAUUACCGUCACCCGUAUAGUAGACUUCAUCCGUAGAGACCCUACGGUCUUGCACCAGGCAUGGACGGAAAAGCACCAAAAUGAUAAUGAUACUACCAUAACACUUUCCUCAAAGACUCAAAUGAAAGAACAGAACGACUACUGGUUCGCUUAG